GCGCAGCGCGAACUUGAAGAAGAGAGACGACGACAACAGCAACAACAACAGCCCGAUGUAUCAAAUCUUAAGUUAGAGGAGAAGAGGAGUGGUCCAGACAUACGAGAAUUCGAGCAUGCAGAUGUGAUAAAAGGAGUGUACUUCACUUGCGAAUUACUCGGCGAUGAUGAAGCAAUGACCAAGCCUGAAUUAAUGCAAGCCCUUGAAGAAUUCCUCAUGUCUCAGUUACAUUGUGAGGAUGAGGACGCGGUCGUCCCUGCUGUUCUCCUUCUCUAUUCUUUGAAUAAAAAGCCAGCCAGAGAGGUCGCUGUAGAAACCAUUGGAAAGUAUCUACAAAAUAUUAUCGAAAAUCCUGGAGAAGCGAAAUACAGAAGGAUAAGAAUGUCCAAUAAAGUCUUCCAGGUACGUUUGUUACUUGUAGUUCGCAAUUUUUCUUUGCUCGGCUAUAUACAUGUGCGAGAACGAAAACUUACUUCGAACAUCUAG